AUGGUUUCGCCUGCAGCCAGCUCUUAUCUACCUCUUUUGCAGGUGUGGUUUGAUAUCGAAUCAAAUGGCAAGUCGAUAGGACGAAUCGUAAUUGGCUUGUUUGGCCAAGUGGUGCCAAAGACGGUGAAAAAUUUUGUGGAACUAGCUAAAAAACCGAAAAUAGCAUGGAUACAACUCUAUAGGUCCAUAUAUGGUGACUCUUUCCCUGAUGAGAACUUCGAACUAAAGCAUGAUGGACCUGGUUGGGUUUCAAUGGCAAACGCUGGCAAAGACACAAACGGUAGCCAGUUCUUUAUCACUCUCGUGGACACUUCUUAUCUGGAUGGAAAACACGUGGUGUUGGAAAAGGUUCUCGAGGGAAUGGAAGUGGUGCAAGCUAUUGGAAUAGUUCCUACGGGUGCUAACGACAAACCGAAUGACGACGUGAUCAUCGCUGCUGCUGGGCAUGAAGUGGUUGACAAACCAUUCGCUAUUCGAGAGGAAUGCCGCAAGCUACGUUUUUGGCCUCUCUACACCUCUUUGCAUGGUGGUUGCUGUUCUCUUUGCGUAGAUGAAGCGACGAAAAACGCUCUCAUUUUACAAAACCUGGGACCAUUUUGUUCGGGAGGGUUGCGUGUCGUUACUUCCAAAAUGCCAAUCCUGACACAAAAGUAA